AUUGGGUUGAGUUGGGGCGGCCGUUUUGAUUAGGUUGAGCAUGAGGCCCUAAACUCAAACACAAAGUAGAGGGCUCUGAAAUGGAGGGAGAGACAGAGACAUUGUACCUGCAACUGCUCAAGCUAUCACCUAUAAACUCAGAGGAAUCGCUUGACCACAUACUCACUACGCUUUGGAAAACAAGAAAAACAGGUCUUCAGUCAGCCGAGAAAUCUACCAUUCAGGCUCUCCUCAACCUCCCUACUCCCGCCCAACUCGAUCCUGUUUUGGCAUGCCUUCGUUCGCUUAUCAGAAAAUGUGUACGUGAGAAUUUCACUGGCGAUGAUCUUUUGAAGCUGUUUCCACCAGAUCUAUCACUUGAUUUGCAAAGCAUUCUUUUAUUGUUACUUGAGAAAUAUCAGAAUCAGUGGAAAGAGGAAAUUUCCGGGGAAACGAAUUUGUUGCCAAGAUCCACUGUUUCCUAUCAUGUCAAGGCAAGUUUGCUACCAUCUUUCCCAUCUACUGUGUCAACUCCACUGUGGCCUCAUCUAGAUGAUACUAUCACCAAUUUCAAUCACAAUGAUCUUGGAGUUUCAGCACCAGUCAUUGCUGAUAGCAGUGUAGCACCUUUGGGUCCCAUGCAAUUCCAACAUGAUGCCGGUUCUCCUACCUACCUGGGAAGUCUACCCUGCCUCAAAUCGAUGACAUGGACCAUGGAGAAAAGCAACUCAGUGCCGGGAAAUAGAGUAGCUUUAAUUAGCCUUAAGCUGCAAGAUUAUAGUAUGUCUUCUUCGGGAGAAAUUGAGGUUAAAUUUCAGCUUACCAAGGACAUACUUGAAGCUAUGUUGAGAUCAUUGACCUACAUUAGUGAGCAACUAUCAAGCUUGGCUGGGACUUCGUCCGGGCCAGCACAAAAGAAGCAAAAGCAGUAAACUGUAGGUUUUUGUGUUAUGUUGUUAGUGAGAUCGAGUCACAAGCAUCUUAAGAGUAUUUUCACUAACUUUUUGUAUAUUAAGGUCAAAUUCUCCUGCAAACCCAGAAACCUAUUAAAUUGCAAUGCUUAAUUAGUGGAUCAAUAUGGAUUGUAAUUUGCGUGGAUUGUAAUUUGCGUGUGUUACCGGACAAGUAGUGUUGUCAAAUGACACUACUUUUUUAAUUCAAUUUAAAUUGUUGUAAAGGAGUUGAUGAUGUUAUGAUUUUGUAACAUAGCUCGCACAUUUAAUUAGUUUUUUGAUUAAUUGAAUUGAGAAUUGAGUUU